UUGAGAAAUCGAGAGGGUUCUCCCCACUAUAUUGAGGGGAUUAUGAGUUGAAUACUGGAACACUCGAGUACCAACAUUCACUGUGUUUAUGUAUCUCGGGCGGUAGUGAUACACGGACGGGUACGAGAUCUGAUGAUCCUUUUUCACUCUUGUCUUCUCUUCUGGUUCAUCUUCUUUUAUAUACAAUCAAUCGACUUGCCAUUCUUCCACUUCCUUCUUUUCUCAUCUCCCCCAACCACACAUCAGAGAUAUCAACAACCUCAUUAACCUCAAUUCAUACAUUAACAACAAUAGUAUCAACCAACUCCCUAACCUCACCACAAACACAACCGCAAUCAUGGUUCACUUAUCCCAAAUUCCCAGCGAGCAAACUGUGACUGCUCCUCUGGUUGAGGGCCUCGAAAAACUUACAAUGGCUGCUUCGAGCGAGGAGGAUGCCUUUACUACUAGUAUCUAUGGUUCUAAAUUUGCAGCUCGGGAUCUUCCCCGACAUGAAAUGCCGGAAGGUGAAAUGCCAAAGGAGGUGCGUGCCAUCAUGCUCUUUGAAGGGUUUUCAUGGAGUGUGAAAAUUGCAUCUGAGCGACAGCUAAUUUUCUGCGGAUAAAUAGGUUGCGUAUCGUAUGAUUAAGGAUGAUUUAUCUCUUGAUGGAAACCCUAUGCUUAAGUAGGUCUGAAUCUCCGUACUAUUGUGGCAGAUACUGAUUUUUAAUAGCUUGGCUUCUUUUGUUACUAGUGAGUAUAUUAAUUAUCUAAUUGAUGUAUGAUUUAAAUCGCGAUCUUUGCAUCUAACAAUAAUUCAGCGUACAUGGAGAAAGAAGUAGAAGAUCUCAUGACAGAGAGUUUCAGCAAAAACUUUAUAGGUAAACUAUUCUCGUUCUUUUAAUACUUCAUACUCAUGCUAACCCAUUAAACCAGACUAUGAAGAAUACCCUCAGAGUGCCGAUAUCCAAAAUCGAUGUGUAUCCAUGAUUGGUCGUCUAUUCAACGCUCCUACAAAUGCAGAAGUUGAUGCCGCCGUUGGAACUUCGACCGUCGGUUCCUCCGAAGCUAUCAUGUUGGCAGUUUUGGCCAUGAAGAAACGUUGGAAGAAUGCUCGGAUUGCCGCCGGAAAGCCAACCGAUAAUCCUAAUAUUGUUAUGUCUUCUGCUGUUCAGGUCUGUUGGGAAAAGGCAGCGAGAUAUUUUGAGGUUGAGGAGAAAUACGUUUAUUGCACCCCGGAUAGAUAUAUUAUUGAUCCAGAGGAGACGGUUAAUUUGGUGGAUGAGAAUACUAUUGGUAUUUGUGUCAUCUUGGGAACGACUUAUACUGGAGGUCAGUCUCCCUUUUCUUGUUUUCGCACCUUAUUCAGUCCUCCUCAUCCCCCUCUUUUCUCUGGAAUCUCUCUGUGAUAGAACACUACUGAUCCGCUGUUAUGAAUUUAGAGUAUGAGGAUGCUAAAGCUGUUAAUGAUCUUUUGAUUAAGAAGAACAUUGAUACUGUCAUUCACAUUGAUGCUGCGUCUGGUGGAUUCGUGGCACCAUUCGUUUGUCCUGAUUUGGAAUGGGAUUUUAGAUUAGAAAAGGUUGUUUCUAUUAACACCAGUGGUCACAAGUAUGUUUGAAUCAGCUUCGAUUAUUUUGACAAUGGCUAAUAUUUUCACAGGUAUGGAUUAGUCUACCCUGGUGUUGGUUGGAUUGUCUGGAGAGCACCAGAAUACCUUCCAAAGGAGCUAGUCUUCAACAUCAAUUACCUUGGUGCUGAUCAAGCUUCUUUCACUCUUAACUUUUCUAAAGGUGCUUCUCAAGUUAUUGCUCAAUAUUAUCAACUCAUUCGUCUUGGUAAGAAGGGUUACCGUUCUAUCAUGAACAAUUUGACAAGAACUGCCGAUUACCUCUCCGAUUCUCUUCAACAACUCGGAUUCAUCAUCAUGUCUCAAAAGAAUGGCAGAGGUCUCCCACUGGUUGCCUUCCGCAUCGACCCCGAAUCCGAGAAACAUUACGAUGAAUUCGCAAUUGCUCAUCAACUUCGUCAACGUGGAUGGGUUGUUCCAGCAUAUACCAUGGCACCCAAGACUGAAAAUCUCAAGAUGUUACGUGUGGUUGUCCGUGAGGAUUUCAGCAAAUCUAGAUGCGAUCAGUUAUUGAAUGACAUUAAACUGUGCUGCAGUGUCUUGGAUGAGAUGGACAAGGAAACAAUUAAGAAGAAUCAAGAAUAUAUAAAGAUGCACUCUACUCAUGUCGGAAAGAGCAAGCAUAAUCAUCCUCAUUACAAAAAUGAGAAGCAUAGCCUGCAGGGCAAGACUGGAAAGACUCAUGCUAUUUGUUAAUUCGGUGAUGGUUGGUGGAUUUUGAACUCUAGUCCGGGGCUGAGAUUGGGUAUCAAUGGGAGGAAUUUGAAGGAUGGAUGAUGAAAGUACGAAUGGAAUGAUGGAUCGAUUGAUGAUCGAUGAUUGGAAACAUAAAAAUGGGAAGAUGGAUGACGAACUGAUGACCUAUGAAUUGAGAACGACAAAUACGUGGAUAUUUUAGUUAGAUUUUAUAAAGACCUAGUAGUAUAUAA